GUAUAUAAUAUAGAAGGGUGUAUGGGGAUGAGCAGAAAGACAGAACACCCAUACAUCAUCUUCAUCCCAUGCUUGGCCCAUCUAGGGGGCAGCAUCAGAGGGAAGGAAGAACGGGUGAGAGGGCCUUCGAUUUUGAUUCUUUUUCUUGAGGGGGAUUCUGUCUGUCAGAAAUCACUGUCUGUCUGGUCUGCAUUGAAAAAGUGUUAAGUGGACAAUUCCUUCUCUUGAUAUGGAGGUUUUAGGUCUCUGGAAGGGCCUUCGUUCUUUCUGUUAGUUUUCGUUUGUGAAUCUUUCUCCCAUGCAUAAUUUGUUGGUCAACAACCACAACUCAAUAGAAUUCAUUCUUUAAGACUCCGGACUCUCUUUCUGUCCGGAGGGAAUCAUUGUUUCUCAAUCAAUCAUGCCUCAACUGGUUCUGGACAUAAAUAUAGAGAGUUCUUCUUUUUUUUUCAUUUUUAUCCCCAUAGCUGCGGUUAUUUUCUAUUCCCUUUUUAGAGGUGGGCGCCCACCCGCGUUGGGUCUACCCGAUCCCAAUAUUGAUCUGUCUUUAGCACUUGAUGCUUUACAUAUAGAAAUAGAGAUUCAACUUGAAACCCUGUUCAAGGAACGCUUUGGGCAGUAUUAUGUAUUGCCAGACGGAUUAACCUUCUCUGCCGUUGGUGAACAUCUGUACUCAAGGGUUGGAACCUUGGCAGGGUUGCAGGAUAUUCUUGUUGAUCUCCUUUUUCAAAGGGAACUGAGCCCUUUUUUUCAGUUUGCUUUGGAUUUUGUUAUUUAAAGGGUAUAGCUGCUAUCAAAAAAUGCUUGCUGAAAAGAAAUAAGGUCCAUUUUCCCACGUAGUUCGUCGGUCAAACCAACGAUUCUCUUCUCAAAGUUAUAGAGAGAUCUUUUUCUAGUUAGACUUCUAUCAAUGCAAUGAAAGAACCAUCCCUUCCUAUUUCUUUGUCCUGUCAGAUAGAAAUAUAAGAAGACCCAAAAGAGCCCUUCUUUACCACUUUAGGGGGUGGGGGUGAAGGGGGGGUUUACAUACAACCGAGGCAAAGUGGUUUAUGAUUGAAUCUCAGAGGCAUUCUUAUCAUUUGGUAGAUCCAAGUCCAUGGCCUAUUUCGGGUUCACUCGGAGCUUUGGCAACCACCGUAGGAGGUGUGAUGUACAUGCACUCAUUUCAAGGGGGUGCAACACUUCUCAGUUUGGGCCUAAUAUUUAUCCUAUAUACCAUGUUUGUAUGGUGGCGCGAUGUUCUACGUGAAUCCACGUUGGAAGGACAUCAUACCAAAGUCGUACAAUUAGGACCUCGAUAUGGUUCUAUUUCGUUCAUCGUAUCGGAGGUUAUGUUCCUUUUUGCUUUUUUUCGGGCUUCUUCUCAUUCUUCUUUGGCACCUACGGUAGAGAUCGGGGGUAUUUGGCCCCCAAAAGGGAUUGGGGUUUUAGAUCCUCGGGAAAUCCCAUUUCUUAAUACCCCUAUUCUCCUUUCAUCCGGAGCAGCCGUAACUUGGGCUCAUCAUGCUAUACUCGCGGGGAAGGAAAAACGAGCAGUUUACGCUUUAGUAGCAACCGUUUCACUGGCUCUAGUAUUCACUGGCUUUCAAGGAAUGGAAUAUUAUCAAGCACCCUUCACUAUUUCGGAUAGUAUUUAUGGUUCUACCUUUUUCUUAGCAACUGGCUUUCAUGGUUUUCAUGUGAUUAUAGGUACUCUUUUCUUGAUCAUAUGUGGUAUUCGCCAAUAUCUUGGUCAUCUGACCAAGGAGCAUCACGUUGGCUUUGAAGCAGCUGCAUGGUACUGGCAUUUUGUAGACGUGGUUCGGUUAUUCCCAUUUGUCUCUAUCUAUUGGUGGGGAGGUAUAUGAAGGAACGAAACAGUGGAUUUAGGAAUUAAAGCUCGAAUACAAAGAGAACCGGGCUUUUCCAAAGAAUUACUGCAGCUUUCCCAGCUUCGUUAUCCUUUGAAUUACUCCUAAUUUUUCUAUUCCUAGUGUCAUGAGAAAUCAAAACUUUCUAUACUCAUUCCUUCUCUUAGUCGGUGUCUCCUAUUUACUUUGUCUAAUCUUGGGUGAGAGUUAAGUUUUUUGGGCCUUGCUCUCAAAGGUGGGAUACUCCGGUACGACGCGAGCCAUAUUUAUACCAUUUCUAAAAUUGACAGGUUGCUCCGGAAGGCUGGCUCUUGUUCUGUUUUUCGCCGUGAAAGCGGUGAAUGGAACCCUCUUCAAAUAUUUUUUUUUAUCUUGUAUGGAAGAAGCUGGGCCGUCUUCGGGCGCAUCAAGCUCUAACCCGGGUAAUCCCGUUGUACCCCCUAUUGAUCAAGGAAGGUCUACACGGCGAAGUGAAACAAGAUUAAGUUUGGGAUGCAGUAGACGCUGAGGAAAGGAGGAAAGAGGAAGAACUGCGUAACUCCAAGGAAUGGAAAGAAAGUGAGCGUCACCUGCUCAAGGUGGAAAACAUUAAAAAAUCCAUAGGCCAACGAGCGAAGGAAAUAGCUCAGGAAAGGGGAUUAACCCCAGGACGCUGCGAGGCGGUGGAAGAUGCGGCAAACUACAUUGCCGAAGAUGUGGAAUAUCUAGCAGAAAAUCAACAAGUAAGCUUCCUAGUCAACUUAAUGCGAGACCUUAAUAAUCCCAACAGCGAGUCGUGGGAGCGCAUCGAAGAGGAGGUGAAAAGAUGGCGCUCAUGGGAGGAUUAGGGUCGACCAACAAACAGGGAAGGACCUCGUACCUGGUUCGGCAAAUAAAUAAAGUAUCACACAUCCUCUUGUUCCCAAGAGUCCCAUGUUCUUCUCUCAUGCUUCUGAUGGAUCUAGCAAAGACGGAUCCACCUCUUAUAGGGAGGGAUCUGGUCACUCAUUCGGAUUGAGAUUCAUCCAAGUCUACCAUAACGGCUGCUAAAUCCCUCCCUAUUUCACUUUGACUCUUUUCAGGGCGGGAAAAAGACCGGCUCUCUAGUUCUGUCAUGGAAGGGGGCAAGGUGCUGACCGAUGUCGAUUAGGAAGCUGCUCCUGUUGUAAAGAAGUGAGGCAGCGAAGAAGAAGCAUUUUAGCAUUCACCUGUCCGUCCUUCUUUAUGGAAUGCUCAAGCCUAGUGAGAACUCAAGUCGAUUCGAAUGACUGGAUCCGCUGGAACUAAGGCUAUUUCCAAUGCCCGAAAGGAAGGUGCUUAAGCUGAAAGAGUGGUCAGUGAGGCUCAAUUCUUUGUAUUGAUUCCAAGACCCAGGGCAUAAGGAAUUCACUAAGUAUAAUAAUAUUCUCCUUUUGAUUCAAUAGAAGGGGAUGCCCCCAAUGUGGUAAUAGCCGGUAGAGACCUACGUUAUUCACAAUAGGUGAACUUGCUAGAAUGCUGUUUAAUAAACUUCUUUAUAUAGGUAACUGGAAAGCUCUAUCCCCCUACGUCAGCUGGCUUAAAAAGCUAUUUUUCCUUAUUCAACUCGGUAAAUUGAAAGAAAGAAGUCCCAACCACGAGGCUUUGCCGCGAGAGUUUCGACAUUAGUGAUUUGCUCUGAAUCAGGCCCCUAAACCAAGGCAAAUAGCCCAUAAUACAUAUGAAUCCGACAGAUCGGACCGAACUGCCAAUGAAAUCCAUUUAGCCAGUUAAGCUAAGAAGAAAGAAAUAGAUCAGAAAUCGAGUUUGAAGGCCCGAGAGUACGGGAACGGGUCCGGUAGGGAAGGUGCGAGAUGAUGAAUGAAAGGGUCUGCCUCAACAGAUGAAUCCGUGACUGCUGCGACUGAGGAAGGAAUCGAUGAAGUCAUUGCCAGCCGUCUUGUAUCCUGGCAGAAGAUCCCCCAAAAAGCAAGCAGCAUUUCUUUCCUCGGUAAGGCCCGGGGGAUGCCUCCUACCUUCCUUCUCGCAGUCAGCUAUGUAACUCAGAAAGGUUAAAGCUACUCUUUACAGCUUCUUGUGGUUGACGCUAAAAGCUCCUUGUGACAACUCUUCUUGUUCGCUCCUACGCGUAUGCCGAGUUCCAUCUUUGGAAAAAUUAAACUCGUUGCCAGAGAGAAAACAUCACAAAAUUAACCGACCCCGCCCAUGGUCAGUAGUCAAGAUCUAUUAUUAAAAUAGUUGUCGAGGGAAGGAAGUCGAAAAUCAACAGCUCAGAAAGCUUUCCCUUGACAAACCCGCACUUUGACAGCAAAAACCGCCCGCUACUCACAGAGAACAGAGAUAAGGAGGAUACGAGGGCUCGCUCGCGCUUAGAUUUUUUAACAUGUAUGCGGGCCCCUUUCACUUGACUAUUUAGGUUAAUUAGGCCCACUACGAACGAAAGACCAAUGACACACCGGGACUUUAUUAAUAGAGAAAGAACCGAACCGGGGAAAGGCGAUAACGACCCAGGAAAUGGUGAAGUACGUGAAUCGACUCCCUCUUCGAGUAAUUUAACAUAAAAGAAAUAAUAAGGGACUGACUUCUUUCUUGACAAGGAUCCUGAAAAAAUAGCACAUGCUCCAAGGACUUAACGGAAUUAGGAGGCACACUGGUAGGUAUACCAAGAGAAAUGCGGGUAAGCGACGAGGGAAAUAACCCCUCCAUAAAAGCAUGCAUUUCCAGACAAGAAUAUUUUUUUUUUAGGAAUUGUCCACAUGAUGAACCAAACGGAGCGGGCAGAGUGAAGUUACCAUUUUAGGAGCAGAUGUCCCGGCUGGUAAGGGAAAUGAAUGAAAGAAGCUUCUCCAAUAGGAGGCAUGUGUUGAGCAUUUGUUUCAUUCCUUUGGCAGCUGAAGUUCCAGUUCCUUUUCUAGUUCAGGUUAUGGUUCGAGUGGAGAAGCAGAGAGGGCAUACCUUCCCUAAGUUGGUUAGAUCGCCCGAACGAAGGAAGCUGUCUUGUCUCGCAAUGGCAGAAGAAAGAUAUAUCAUUGCCAAUCGGGAGGAAAGGAAGAGUCAUUUACCUCUUUCUCCCUAUCGAUGUUUGACCCGAUUUUGCUCCCCGGGCCUUAGCAGCCCACCCCAUAAACCGCUUCCCUCGACUGCCUUAAGAGAAGAGAAGAGGAGGGGAUUUCGAAGAAUGGAAUUAAAAUUCCUAAAGGUAGUUUACUUGCUUACUUGUUAGAGUCAGGAAUCUUUGUCAAUUUUUUCCGCAGGGAAAUGGCUCCAAAGGACCUGUGCCUCUAUCCUGACGAGGUUAUCGUCACCGAUGGUAGUCGCGAGUUCGCGGAGUACACAACCUUAAGGUAAGGUCGUGGGUCCGACAAUGGCUUAACUGCGUCAAGUGGUACUACAUGGUUGCAGUAUCUCCAGGCGUAACCAUCCAGGAUCUCUUAGACGCACCAUUCGUGAACCGGAAAUGGCAGGUUGAAUCGACCGACUCUCAGUUGGUCCGGUUCGGCCUUGUCUGGAAGGUUUUUUAUUUUGUUGCCCUAAGGCGUUUGGCCUGUUAAGCCAAUGUCCUAGUCGCUGCAGCGAUUACGGAUACCUCUAAGGCAUCUCAACUCUGUGAGUCCCGCAGCUUUCUUUAUGUUUUGUGAGUUUACUCCUUAUGCUAGAGCCAACCUGGCCUACCGGUCUUGUAAACCGAUAGUUCCUUUAGGUUUGACACCUGAGGGUGCCCUCCUUUGGGGUCCAUACAUAAAGGACCUCAUAAGGGUGUUGAUAAAACUAGCUAAACCGGUUUCAGUGAGGUCAAUCAAAUGGAGAGGUACGAAGAGGACUUUUCGGUCCUCUCCUUACUGUCGAGUUACUACGUUCCUUGCCUUUUGAACUUAAUUCAUGGUACCGAAAGGUAACAGAAGGAAGUAAAAGACCCUCAUUAUUAGGUGUACUGUGGUACCCAAGAGUUAGGUAUUGUUUCGACGAAAACAACGAGUUGUUUAGUCGAAUGGAUAUGGCCUCAUUUGAAAAGGAGGUCAUUCCCAACGAUCCUACUCCUGUCAGAGUCCUUACCUCGGACGACUGGGUCAGUCGGUUGAAGGAGCGGGGAAGAGACGAAUAUUUGCCAUAGGAAACUGGCUGAAUCAGAGGUUAUUAAACUCUGUUCAUAGAUGGCUGAUGGAUGUUAUCCGUCAGAUUACUAUGGGUGGCAUGCAUGGAUGUCUUUUCUGCCUUAGCCAUUCUCCCUACGUAGCAACUUUAAGUAGAUGAUAGAUGGGAUGAGAUGCUAGCCGCCUUAGCGCAGAAGAUCCAUCAUGGAGCCUUAGGUUAGGCUACUACUAAAGAUAGGAUGGAUUGUCAGGAAUGGUAGAUGGAGCAAGGAAAAGCAUCCAACCAAUCCUGUUAGGCUGUUUUGGAAAGCCAGCGGCAAGGAAGGAAAGGAAGCGAAGUAAGCAUCCAAUCCUGAUCUUUUCACUUUCGAGAUCGAAGAAUCAUAGCUAUCAGUGCAUUAGCAAAGCAGACCCAGAAAGGGAUAGUUCUUCUUUUGCAAGAAUGGACAUUACCGCAGCUUUGACUCUGUUGCAGGUAUGAAGUGCCAUGAAAAAUGGAAAUGGCUAUCAGUUCUGACUCUCCUGACCCGAGGUAAGUAGUUCGGCUAAGCCGGAAGAAAGAAAUGUGAGAGUUUAGCCUAUUAAUUCACUUUACUUUAGGGAAGCCGGUUAAAUGCUUUGCUUUGUGAGGGAAAAGCGGGCACAGCUCACGCACGGCACAAGAGGCAAGGAACUUUCAACAGGCAUGGACGGCCUCCGAGGGUGAAUGUCGGAAAUCGUCUUCCCUUUGAUGGACAUUAAAAAGGAUCCGCUAGGCUGUCUUACAUGUCCCCAAAAGCUAAAGGGCUCCUUUCCUUCUUGAUAUCGCUGAUGCGCCUUUAAGAGUUAUCGUUCUACUUCCUGUUAGCUGGUAGAGUAUGAACUACGACCGAUGGGAUUGGUACAACCACGAAUCUUUUGUUUGCUUUGUUUACAGCUGGCCUUACUUAAAUAGGAGUUUCUGCUUCUAGCUAGCUUUGGGCAGAAAGACCUCGGGAAAUAAAAUAUAAGGCAAUUUAGUUCUCAUCCGCCCUUGCCUGCGAGCCUAGGAGCAGCUUCACCUUGCGUCUGCUAACCGCUGCUAAAAAGCUAGUGACCGGUAAUCCGAUGCUACCACCAGACUAGCCGGUAUACUAUAGAAUUCAGUGAACUGAACCCGCUGCCAAAGAAAAGUAAGCCUAAACCUCUCAACCCCCCGAGUCCGGGGCAAAGUUGACGUUCCCUAGGUUCCCCUCUUUCCCCCUGACUUCAUGUUUUUCUGUCUUCUUUUGUGGAUUCCAACUGAAUUGUCAUCUUUCCCGCCUUCCGCGCGGUUUCUUGGCUCAAGAUAUUCUGAUUCCCCUAGUAGUCUGACUGCUCUUUCUCUCAAGCGAAGUGCUUCUCGGGACAAAGGGCAGAAGGGAAGGUAGCUCGUGAUUCUCGUCUCGGUCUUCUCGAAAGGUAGUUGAGUUCCUUCGGGUGAGAAAGAAUAGGAAUUGAUCUAGCUAUAGAUAUAGAUAGAGUGUCAGAUGAAAGGUUUCGCCCCUGACUCCUUUACUUAUUGAUGUCGCUGAUCCGCCGUUAUCGUAUCAGGAAAUGUGGGGCCGCUCUUUCUGACAUAGGAACUUACUCAAAAUCGAAAGUCCGCCUAAGGGAGAGAGAAGACUAUAAACAAUAAAUCUAGGAGGUUUGAAGAUGCUCGAGCAAAGCGAAGAGGUUUUACCUAGCAUUAGAAACUGAAUCCAUUGUUGCUUGUUGCUUGUUAUCCCUUGCUUUUAGUUAGGUAUAACUCCUCUGUUAUCUCCUUGUUCUAACCCUGUUGCUUCCUUUGCUUCGCCUGGAACUACCUUGCUAACACCUUCUUACAGUCUUGCUGAGCUUAGGAAGUGAAGUUGUAGGGAUGAAAAGCCUAUAUUUCACUUACAAACAAAGGCUGAAAGCUGGUGUUUGCCAGUCACAAGAGAGCAUUAGUGCUUCCCGUUAGUCUUACGAGGAGGAGAAGCACGUAAUGGGAACGAUAUUGGAGCUUCAGGUUGGUACAUUGCACGCAUUAAAACCUUAACUCUUAUAACCUGUCUUUCCUUGUUAUCCCUUGCUUUUAGCUCGGUAUAACCCCUCUUCCUCUUGCAUUUGCUUGUAAUUCCUUGUUUCCCUCGUUCUUGUUUCUAUCGUAGGUUCGGUAGUAGGUUCCAGCUUGCACAUGCAGGAUCCCCCCUUCGUCUUUAUUUUCUCCCGGCUAUAGCGCGAGAGAAACGCGAACAGCUGAUUCUCAAGCAGGGGAUUCGUCGAAAACAACCUAUCUGUCUACUUGCUUUCAGUUCUGUUCCCGUCUCGAUCUUAGCUUUAAGCUCUCAACCUAUUCUAUUCUUGCGCAAACCAAGUUAACUGCCUGAAUUUAGGAGUUAAAUAACCCGCUAUGAGUAGAAGGGACUUUGCCGGGUAUUCCUUCUUAUUGAUAGCGCAGGGGCACAGCGGUAAAUACCGAGGAAAGAAGAUAAGAAAAUUUUAUCCCACGCCACGGUAGAUAGUGUUCAGUGGAGGAAGGAAGCCAGGCAUAGGCGUAUCCGCCUUGGAAGUUUUAAUGCCCAAAGAUGGUCCUUCGACAAGCCCUUUGCUAAAGCUUCUAUGGAUUGCACCUUUAGAAAGGAAAUCAGCAUUUAGGACAAUUUUCCCAACCAAGGAAAAAUGGCACAUUUCGAUGUCUCGUAGGAAAGGAAAUCCGAUCUAUGAAAAAAUUCCCUAAAGUGUCGAUUUGACUUUUUAGGAGUAAGUAAAAAAGGUCCCUCGAAUGGAAUAAUAGCUUUUACGGAGGAAGUUACUUAUUAUAUUAUAAUAGUUGAUGUAAGAGAAGAAGUUCUUGGUUUGGUUGAAUUCAAUCAAAAAAAGUACCAUUUUCAAUUGAAUCCUGAAUCCCUUAUUCUAUAAAUUUACUAAGAGAAGAAAUCACGUAAGUGAUAGAAAGAAUCGUUAAGUAGGCUAAUCUUUAAAGGUUUCCAUUUUCGAUUGAGAAAGCGGCAGGCCCAAAGAGCUCUCCAAUAAGUGCACCGAAAGGGGGCCGGAGAGACGGUCAACCUGAGAUCGGCUAAGAUCGAAAAGCACUUGGUUUACAGCCAAGCAACGACAAAGAAAAAAGAGUCUCAU